AUGGUCUGCUCUGCGAGACAAGCGAUGACUACCGCCCACCCGACGUCAGGCUUCGGGAUCUGUAUUUAAGCGGCCGCCUCCUCCCCUCGCUUCGCGGUACUGCAGCGGCAAUCGGAGGACUUGUCCUUGUGUGCAGAAGCUUUGCUAGGGCUACCAGUGCUACAAGAUGUCUCUCAAGGAAAAGCUGAUUACGAAUGUUUACAAAGAGGAACACCCACAUGCCCACAACAAGAUCACUGUGGUUGGCGUUGGUGCAGUUGGUAUGGCUUGUGCCAUAAGCAUCUUGAUGAAGGAUUUGGCUGAUGAACUUGCCCUCGUUGAUGUGGUGGAAGACAAGCUGAAGGGAGAAAUGAUGGAUCUUCAGCAUGGCAGCCUCUUCCUCAAAACACCAAAGAUCGUCUCUGGCAAAGACUAUGCUGUGACUGCACACUCUAAGCUGGUCAUCAUCACUGCUGGAGCUCGCCAACAAGAAGGCGAGUCUCGCCUUAAUCUGGUCCAGCGAAAUGUGAAUAUCUUCAAAUUCAUCGUUCCCAAUGUUGUCAAGUACAGCCCUGACUGCAAGAUCCUGGUUGUUUCCAAUCCAGUGGAUAUUCUGACCUAUGUGGCCUGGAAGAUUAGUGGCUUUCCUAAACACCGUGUUAUUGGAAGUGGUUGCAAUCUGGACUCUGCCCGUUUCCGCCAUCUCAUGGGUGAAAGGCUGGGUAUCCACCCUCUCAGCUGCCAUGGCUGGAUUGUUGGUGAGCAUGGAGAUUCUAGUGUGCCUGUCUGGAGUGGUGUGAAUGUUGCUGGUGUCCCCCUGAAAGGUGUACAUCCUGACUUAGGAACAGAUGCUGACAAAGAAAACUGGAAGGAGGUCCACAAGCAGGUGGUAGACAGUGCUUAUGAGGUGAUCAAGCUUAAGGGAUAUACAUCUUGGGCUAUUGGGCUCUCUGUGGCUGAUCUAGCUGAAACCACAAUGAAGAACUUGAAGAGAGUGCAUCCAGUUUCCACAAUGGUGAAGGGCAUGUAUGGAGUUAAAGAUGAUGUCUUCCUAAGUGUCCCUUGUGUCCUGGGCUAUUCAGGCAUUACAGAUGUGGUGAACAUGACACUGAAGCCUGAGGAGGAAGAUAAAUUGAGGAAGAGUGCUGAUACACUCUGGGGAAUCCAGAAGGAGCUUCAGUUUUAAACCAGGCAUCCUAUCUCUUCACCGCUUAUUAGUGUUGUUGAGUCUUUAGUGGAUUGUAUUGUUGCACUUUCCAAUUAGGUCAACUCCUUAAGAUGUGUAUGAACUAGAAGCACACACAGAGCUAAAAUUAUGAACAAAAUGCUGCUUCCUAUUCAGUAGGAAACUUGCAGCUUUUCCUGUUUGCCACAGUCUUGAUUUGUGGCCAGAACUGGAUCGUAACCUAGUCUAGUUAAGUGGUGUCAAGCUGAAACAGCACUGCCGAAUGAAACCCUCCUGCCUUUCCUCAGAUAAGUGUAAUCACUUCAGAAUAACUCAAUUGGUCCUCAGAAAUUGCAGAAAAACCAAAGAAUAUUGUGCUUAAUAAGGAUUGGCAAAUAAACAAUGACCAAUGUUCUGACAGAUGACUUUUAGCUUCACUACUGAGCAGCUCUAAAUGUAUUUUUCCUAACACUGCUGCUUUUCAAGUCCUUGUGCAUACUUUUAAAGAGAACCUUCUGUAUGCUACUGGAGUAGUUCAAAGUUGUCUUAAAUGUAAAAACUUCUGUAUGCAACAACUAAACUGCUGCAUUGUCCAACUGUAGUACCAGCCCAACAAACAAAAUAAACAAUGAACUGUUA